AUGGCCUCACCAUCGUGGCAAGAAAUCGUCCGAAAGGUUUUUGAGAAAGAUUCGAGGCCGGUGAUACUUUACGACGGCGUCUGCAAUCUUUGCAACGGAGGAGUGAAUUUUAUGCUAGAUUGGGACAACCCGACUCAGUUGCGAGGAAACUUCCGGUUUGCAGCGUUGCAGUCAGAAGUUGGAAGAGCUCUGUUGCAACGGGGAGGAAGGAGACCAGACGACAUAUCAAGCAUCGUUCUUGCAUGUGAGGAUGGCAAGACUUACGUCAAGAGUGAGGCGAUUCUGAGGAUCGGAAAGGUUUGCAAUCAGCCUGUUCGCUUCCCCUCUGACUCGUUUCCAGGGCCUUGGCCAAGGAACGUGCGAGAUGUCUUCUACGACUUUGUUGCUGAUAACCGCUACAACUUCUUCGGGAUAUCGGAUGAAUGCCGGUUAUCCGACGAGAGAUUUGAUAACCGGUUUGUGAGUGACCUGUAA